AUGCCAGAUCGAGAUCUAACUUCCAACAGCUGGGAAGGUGAAACGGACUACAACAUCUCAUUUCUGUCAAUUGACGAACAAAUUUCAUUUGUAUUUAAUGCUGACAACCUGCCUUCAACCACAACAACAUCAUCAGGACUGUUUGGUAGAGCGUUCACUGCCACCAAUACCAACUAUGCGACUUCACUACCCCUAUUACCAGUCGAAGGAAGUGGUAGCACCAGUACCACCAAUAGCGCAACUUCUUCAGGCGAUGGUUCAACGGCAAUAAUAUCCAAUGCUACUGUUCAAAGAGUCAAAGAUAUGAAUGUGUCCCUGGCGACCGAUUAUGACAGAUAUCCAAGCAUAAACGGGUUCAAAACCUCCAGAGCCCCACCUCUCGAUCGUAAUGCAUUAGGUUCUUCCAAUUCGUCAAACUCAACCAUGUCCAAAAGUAUAGAUUUUAAUCCAUUUGGAGGAUAUCCCGCCUCCUCGUUCCCAUUGCAUAUAGAUGAAAAAGAACCUGACGAUGAUGUGCAUAAUCCCGAUCCCGUCAAAGAUAUAAUCUACGAUAAGAACAGAUUUUGGUAUGAUCUAAAGAGAGCCGAUAAAAGAGCAUUACUGGGCUUAUUCAGUUUUUUAUUUUUAAUAAUUGCUGCUGGUGCAGUAUUUAUAGCGCUACCAAUUCUAACAUUUACGCCAACUCAUAAAUAUAUUCCAUGGUAUCCUACAUAUCCUAUCUUAACCCAUUAUGAAUAUCCUAUGUUGAGUGCGAUUCGAACAUCAUUGGUCGACCCAGAUACACCGCAGGAAGCGAUGAAUAUAACUGCAAGAGAUGGCACUAAUUGGGUCUUAGUAUUCAGUGAUGAAUUCAAUGCCAUAGGAAGAACUUUUUAUGAAGGUGAUGAUCAAUUCUGGACAGCUCCUGAUUUUCAAUAUCAUGUAACUAACGAUUUGGAAUGGUAUGAUCCCGAUGCCGUCACCACCAUCAAUUCCUCCAUUAGUCUUAGAAUGGAUGCUUUUCAAAAUCAUGAUUUAUUUUAUCGAAGUGGGAUGUUACAAAGUUGGAAUAAAUUCUGCUUUACCCAGGGGAAAAUCAUCAUGUCGGCACAAUUACCCUAUUAUGGAAAUGUGAGUGGAUUAUGGCCUGGGAUGUGGACGAUGGGAAAUCUUGGCAGACCAGGGUAUUCAGCUACUACGGAUGGGGUUUGGCCAUAUUCGUAUAAUUCUUGUGAUGCCGGUAUUACCGCCAACCAAUCUUCACUGGAUGGGAUCUCAUACCUACCUGGACAAAGGUUGAAUUCGUGCACUUGUCCCGGUGAAUCACAUCCGAAUCCGGGCGUGGGUAGAGGUGCACCGGAGAUUGAUUUAAUUGAGGCAGCGACGGGGUGGUCUCCUAGUGGGGAAACUGGGGUUGCUUCCCAAUCUGUCCAAUUGGCCCCGUUUGAUAUUUGGUAUAUGCCCGAUUAUAGUUUCAUUGAGAUUUAUAAUGCAAGUGUAACCACGAUGAAUACAUACGCUGGUGGUCCUUUCCAACAGGCUCUUUCUGCAACUACGAUGUUGAAUCUUACUUGGUAUGAACGAGGAGCGAAUGGAACUUCAAAUUUCCAAGAAUAUGCAUUUGAAUAUAUUAAUGAUGAUACGAUUGGAUAUAUCCGAUGGUUUGUGGGUGAUCAACCCACAAUGACAGUUCAUGCCCAAGCAUUACAUCCCAAUGGAAAUAUCGAUUUCAGACAAAUUUCAAAAGAACCAAUGUCGAUAGUUAUGAAUUUGGGAAUGUCAAAUAAUUGGGCAUAUAUAGAUUGGCCAAGUUUAAGUUUCCCAGUUACGAUGUAUGUUGAUUAUGUGAGGGUAUAUCAACCUGAGGAUCAGAUUAAUGUGGGGUGUGAUCCACCAGGAUAUCCUACACAAGAGUAUAUUCAGCAACAUUUGAAUAUUUAUUCAAAUAUUAAUUUAACGUUAUUUGAAGAAGGGGGAUAUACUUUCCCUAAGAAUCUGUUAUUGGGGUGUUGA